CUCUCGAGAGCCAAGCAGCGUCGCAAUUCAGGCAAGUUGCAACUCGUACAUUCGCCGGCAACAUGUACAACUCAAAGGUGUGGACUUUUGUGAGCUCGCUAUGGAUCGUUGGGGUCUUGAUCAUCGGUAGCGAGUCGGCAUCGCUUCCAGAAGACCUCAGCAACGAUCGCGAGAGCAGCGUCAACGCCACGGGCGAUUACUACAGGUACCAGCUGGACAACGGCACCGAAGUGUCGGAGAUCGACGCCUUGAUCAAGCCCGAGGACAACAAGGGCCCGCCGCCCCCGUACAUUCCGAACCACGAGGAAUUCGGCGAGCCGUCGCCGUACUUCCCUGCCGAGAACGAGAACUCGGAGAAGCCGCCCAAGUACACGAUGCGCGACCCCAUGCCGCCGGUCGAGACUCGAGUCGACAUUCCCGAUUCCGACCAGACUUGCACGGAGAGCGUCUGCUUGCACGAGUGCCGCCAGUUCUGCAAGCGACUGGCCAUUUCGGGCUGUUUCGUCCUCGCCUGCACAGCCGUUGUGGCCUGCUGCAAUGAGCUCGUGGCUCUGCGCGCUCACCACUAGAAUAAUUCAUUCUCCCGCGUCCUUAUUUUAUACUCAUUAUUGUAUCGAGAAAUUAAAUGUCAAUAAAUUAAAUGGAUUGACGAAUCAA